UUUAGGAAAAAAAAAAAAACUGAGAACACACGGAAGAAGCACCUAUGAAGAUGGACAGAAACUUUUGUUUAAUUUUGUUGAGCCAUGAAAAAGACAUGAUUGAACCACCAACGCUUCCCGUUAGCAACACAAAACCACUCCCCAUCUAAAUAUAUCUAAUUAAAAACAAAGAAAACCCUCCCCAAAAAUUUCCACUUGACAAAAUGCCUCUCUAAAGACUCAGAUGCACGUAAAGAGGCUGAUUUCCGGUUUGCAGCCUCUGAUCCCCACCGAGUGGCUGCCGGGGGCAUCCGAUAACCAGUCCAAGAAAAUGCGGGGGAAACCGGUCUCCGGCAAAAUGAUCCUUGUACUCUGUCUUGCUAGCUUCCUUGCAGGAUCUCUGUUCACAGGUCACACGUGGACUCACGGUGGUCCCUCUCCGACCAUGACCAUCCUUCCGACCGAUGUCACUAGGUUAGCAGGAGAAAUAACACCUGACUGUAACCGGAAACGUAAAUUGGUUGAAGGAAAAUCAGAAGAUAUCAUGGGAGAAGUAACGAGAACUCACCAAGCUAUACAAUCUCUUGAAAGAACAGUUUCGAACUUAGAAAUGGAACUGGCAGUAGCUCGUACCCGCGGCCAACUCUCACCGGAAAAAGCUUCCAACCACAGCUUACAAAAAGCCUUCGUGGUCAUCGGAAUCAACACGGCUUUCAGCAGCAGGAAAAGGCGGGACUCGCUCCGGGAAACCUGGAUGCCUAGAGGAGCUAAACUGAAGAAAUUGGAGGAGAAAGGGAUCGUGGUACGGUUCGUGAUAGGGCACAGUGCCACCCCAGGCGGCGUUCUUGACAAGUUGCUUGACAAGGAGGAGGCGGAGCACAAGGACUUCCUCCGCCUCAAACACGUCGAAGGUUACCACGAACUCUCCACCAAGACUCGAGUGUAUUUCUCCACUGCGGUCGCCUUGUGGGAUGCGGAUUUCUAUAUUAAGGUGGACGACGAUGUUCAUCUCAACAUAGGUACGUUAGUGAAUACGUUGGCAAGGCAUCGAUCAAAACCUCGUGUUUAUAUUGGAUGCAUGAAAUCAGGGCCAGUUCUUUCUCAAAAAGGGGUGAAAUAUCAUGAGCCAGAAUACUGGAAAUUUGGUGAGGAAGGAAAUAAGUAUUUCAGGCAUGCCACAGGACAACUCUAUGGCAUCUCCAAGGAUCUUGCUGCCUAUAUUUCUGUCAACGCGCCCAUAUUGCAUAGGUAUGCAAAUGAGGACGUCUCUUUGGGCGCAUGGUUCCUUGGCCUGGAAGUUGAACAUGUGGAUGACCGUUCCAUGUGUUGUGGCACCCCUCCAGACUGUGAGUGGAAGGCAAAGGCAGGGAAUGUAUGCGUGGCGUCAUUCGAUUGGUCAUGCAGUGGGAUAUGCAAAUCAGUGGAGAGGAUGAAGGAAGUACACAACUCUUGUGGAGAAGGAGAUGGUGCCGUUUGGAAUGUUGAUCUUUAAUCAUAUAUCAUGUUGUAAUUAAACUGAUCAGAUAUAAAAUUUUCCCACUUGAGCUUAGAUAUCAGGGAGAGACAGUAAUAGAAGAGAAUAAAAAAAAAGCUAAGAUAAGCUAAAAUUUUCUCACUUUAUUUUUUAUUGAUAAAGUCAAGCACAAAAUUGAUGUUAGAUUUCCAUCUAUGUAACUGCAUUUGGUAUAAAUGAAAUAAAUUUGGGUUUUCUUG